UGUGUGUGUGUGUGUGUGUGUGUAUAUGCAUAUGUGCUUCAUCACCUCAGCCACAAUGAGCUGUUUGCAAUGAAUCCGAAACUCAACAGGUACCGAUCGGGGAUGGAUUUGAUACUGCUGCUGCUGUCCUUGCUCCUUUGGGCUCGGGGCGCCGCCGUUAUUAACCUGAAAUACUCCAUCGUGGAAGAGGAGAGAGCCGGGACCCUCAUCGGGAAUAUAGCGAAGGACGCCGGGUUCGCAACUUCGGAGCAGAAGGUGCCCAUUUUCCGCGUUCUGUCCAAUUCCGCCCCUCACUUGAUAGACAUCAACCCAUCGACCGGUUUGCUGGUGACCAAGCAGAAGAUCGACCGGGACCUGCUCUGCAGACAGGGUUCCAAAUGCCUGAUCUCGCUGGAGGUGAUGGUCAACUCCAUGGAGAUAUGUGUGGUCAAGGUGGAGAUCCUGGACGUCAACGACAACGCGCCGAGUUUCCCCACGGAGCAGAUCGACCUGGAGAUCUCGGAGACGGCCAGUCCCGGGACCAGGGUGCCCUUGGAGAGCGCUUACGACCCAGACGCGGGCCAAUUCGGGGUCCAGAGUUACCAGAUCACCCCCAACGACCUGUUCGGUUUGGAGAUCAAGACCAGGGGCGACGGAUCUCGCUUCGCAGAGCUGGUGGUGGAGAAGGAGCUCGACCGAGAGACCCAAUCGCACUACAGCUACAUGAUCACCGCCCUGGAUGGAGGAGACCCUCCCAACUUCGGGACCACCGAACUGAACAUCAAAGUCAUCGACUCCAACGAUAACUACCCGGUGUUCGACGAGCCGUCGUACGCGGUGAACGUGUUGGAAAACGCGCCCACCAACUCGCUGGUCAUCGACCUGAACGCUUCGGAUCCGGACGAAGGGACCAACGGGGAAAUCGUUUACUCCUUCAACAGCUACGUGUCCGACAAGACCAGGGAACUCUUCAAACUGGACCCCAGGAGCGGGGCGAUCACGGUGAGGGGUCACAUCGAUUACGAGGAGGGCAGCAUCUACGAAAUCGACGUCCAAGCCAAGGACCUGGGUCCCAACUCCAUCCCCGCUCACUGCAAAGUCACCGUCAACGUGGUGGACGUGAACGACAACGUCCCCGUUAUCACCCUCUUCUCGGUCAACAGCGAGACGGUGGAGGUGAGUGAGGCGGCUCCUCCGGGCUACGUGAUCGGUCUGGUUCGCGUGUCGGACCGGGACUCCGGGGCGAACGGUCGGGUUCAGUGCAAACUCUUGGGCAACGUCCCGUUCAAGUUGCAGGAGUACGAGAGCUUUUACACCAUCCUGGUAGACGGGCGGCUGGACCGGGAGCAGAGGGACCAGUACAACUUGACCAUCUUGGCCAAAGACGGGGGCUCUCCUUCGCUGCAGUCCACCAAAUCCUUCACCGUCAAGAUCACGGACGAGAACGACAACCAUCCCCACUUCUCCAAACCUUUCUACCAAGUCAUCGUCCAGGAGAACAACACUCCGGGUUCCUAUCUGCUCUCGGUCUCCGCCAGGGAUGUCGACCUGGGGCUGAACGGGAGCGUCUCCUACCAAAUCGUCCCAUCCCAAGUCAAGGACAUGCCCGUGUUUACCUAUGUGUCCAUCAACCCCACCUCUGGGGACAUCUACGCCCUGAGGUCCUUCAACCACGAGCAAACCAGGUCCUUCGAGUUUAAGGUCAUGGCCAAGGAUGGGGGGAGUCCUGCCUUGGAAAGCAACGCCACCGUCAGGGUGAUAGUUCUGGACGUCAACGACAACGUCCCGGUCAUAACGGCCCCACCUCUGGUCAACGGCACCACCGACAUCUACAUCCCCAGGAACGUGGGGUCGGGGUAUCUGGUGACGGUGCUGAAAGCCGACGACUACGACGAAGACGACAACGGGCGCUUGACCUACCAGAUCGCCGACGGCGACCGAGGCUUCUUCGAGAUCGAUAAGGUCAAGGGCGAGAUCAAGACCAUCAGGAGCUUCGGGGACGGGGCCGAGACGAGUUACGAGUUGAUCGUGGUCGCCCAGGAUCACGGCAAACCCGCCCUGUCCUCCACAGCCUUGAUCAUGGUCUACCUCUCCCCGGCCCUGGACGCCCAGGAAUCCACCGGCUCCUUGAACCUGUCCCUGAUCUUCAUCAUCGCCUUGGGGUCCAUCGCCGCCAUCCUCUUCGUGACCAUGAUCUUCGUGGCCGUCAAGUGCAAGCGGGACAACAAGGAGAUCAGGACCUACAACUGCAGGGUGGCCGAGUAUUCCUAUGGGCAGCAGAAGAAACCCAAGAAGAAGAGCAAGAUCAGCAAGAACGACAUCCGACUGGUACCCAGGGACAUGGAGGAGACCGACAAGAUGAACGUGGUCAGCUGCUCGUCGCUCACCUCCUCGCUCAACUACUUCGACUACCACCAGCAGAGCCUGCCCCUGGGCUGCAGGAGAUCCGAGGCCACUUUUCUCAACGUGGAGAACCAAAACUCGAGGAACGCCGCCGGGAACAACGUGUACCACACCUUCACCAGCACUCAGGGCUCCCAGCAGCCAGACCUGAUCAUCAACGGGAUUCCCCUGCCGGAGUCGGAGAAUUACUCCAUCGAGUCAAGCUAUGUGAACAGCAGACAGCACCUUAUUAAAAGUAGUUCCACAUUCAAGGAUCUGGAAAGAAACAGUCUCAAGGACAGCGGACACGAAGAAAGUGACCAAACUGACAGCGAACAUGAUGUGCACCGAGGCCUGUACUGUGACACAGCCAUCAAUGAAGUACUGAAUACAACUCUUAAUUCCACUGGCUCGCAGGUACCUGAGCAAGAUCAGAACGAAGGAUUCACCUGCAUGGAAGAAUGUCGGAUUCUUGGCCACUCGGACAGAUGUUGGAUGCCGCGGGUCCCUCUGCCAAGUCGUGCCAAAUCCCCUGACCGUGGCAGGAAUGUUAUUGCGCUGUCUAUAGAAGCCACCAGCGUGGACUCUGAGCCCUACGAGGAUGGGAGCGCCAAGAGAACUUUUGCAACUUUUGGCAAAGACCCAAGGGAACGCACUGCUGAGAACGAAAAAACAGAUGUAAAGGGGAAAAGGACAUUUGACCUGCCCAUGUGUAGCCCAAAAGUGAAUGGUUCAGUCUCCAGUAGCCAGGAAACAAGCAACGGUAUUGACAUUUCGAGUCCCGCCAGCACGCCUGUACAUUUGAGCAGUCCCACGUCCAACAGGCCUCCAGUCACAUUCUCCAUGAUGCACUGUCCAGCCACACGAGACCUCGACCGAGCCGUCAAUCACGUCUCCUCGCGUCUGUCGGAGCCAGCAUCCAGGGAGGUCGACUCAGAGCAGGUCGCUCGAGAGAUCAACCACCUUCUGCACGACUGCAGGGAAAAGGACUCGCCGGGUAUCAAACGAAUACAGGACAUUGUACUGUGAUGGCCAUCCCACACACAACCAACGAUGCAGAUGACUAUUAGCACCGUGACAGUUUGUAGUCGCUUC